CCAUAACGUUCUGCACAGGCUAGUGAAACGUUAGCAACCCGUUAUUGAUCCGAAAAAACUACAUUUUAUUAUCAGAGAACGCUCAAAUAAGGACGAGUUUAACCAAAAUGGAACUGCCCUCGUCCCCACUGCUGGUGGAUGAAGGAGGUGAUGAGGACGAAGAAGAGCUCAGUGGAGCAGAGGAAGUCGAGCUGAGAGUGUCGACAGGUCGUGGAUCAGUUCUCACCAGGAGAGGAAUCACACUCAGAGUGCUGCUUAAAGAUGGACUGGUGGAGCCUGGAGACGCUGUUCUGUCCAUACACUACCUGGGGAAGGACUUCAUUGGUGAUCUGCUGAUAGACGGGAAGAUCCGCUGGGUGGAAACGGGGCAGAUCUUUAACUCUCCAAGCGCCUGGGCCACACACUGCAAACGGCUAAUUAAUCCCGCCAAGAAAUCCGGCUGCGGCUGGGCAUCGGUGCGCUACCGUGGGCAGAAACUGGCACAGUACAAAACCACCUGGCUGCGCAAAUACCAGCCCAGUGCUGACAUGAGCCUGGCUAGCGAGGGCGAGGAUGAUGAGAUAGGUGAAGACGACGAGGAUGAAGGGAAGAACAUUGCAGAAGACAGAAACAGGAAAUCAAGACCAGAGCUGCACGACGUCAGUGGGUUACAGAAGAAAGGAGACCGUGAGAGAAUCCCCGUCAGGUACUGCACACUGGGAACCAGAGACAUCGCCAGAGAUCCUCACACCCUGGUGGAGCUGUCUGCGUUCUCUGCCAUCAAUCGCUUCCAGCCGUUCAACGUCGCCGUCUCGAGCAACGUCCUCCUGCUCAUGGAUUUCCACUGUCACUUGACCACGAGUGAGGUGGUCGGCUAUCUGGGAGGUCGAUGGGACACUACUACUCAGCUGCUGACGGUUUUGCGAGCAUUCCCGUGUCGCACGCGAUUGGCCGACAGAGACGCUGCGCCUGCUGUGGAGGAAGAGAUUUGUCAGAACCUGUUUAUGCGAGGACUCUCACUGGUGGGCUGGUACCACACUCACCCCCGAGGUCCCGCCCUCCCGUCGCUGCAGGACAUCGAUUCGCAGAUGGACCACCAGCUUCGCCUACAGGGCAGCAGUAACGGAUUCCAGCCCUGCUUGGGCAUCAUCUGUGGACCGUAUUACCAUGGCAACCAGGGCGUGGCGUCAACCAUCACUCCAUUCUGGGUGGUUCCACCUCCAGAACAAAGGCCGAACGAUUAUGGUAUCCCAGUGGCUGUGGAGGUCACAUACGUGCAGGACAACUUCCUGACUACUGAUGUUCUCAACGAAAUGAUGAUGCUGGUGGAGUUCUAUCGAACAGCUCCUGACCUGGUCAACUUCAGUCAGAUGUGGUGUGCUGAUACCUCCAUACUGGAUAAAAUCAAGGCGUCCCUGAGCGGUCACGCUCCCAAAGAACAGACCUAUUCUCAGAUCCUGGAGCACGUCUACAACCAGCUACGCAACAUGCAGUGAUGGAAAUCUUCAUGCAGGGGAUCCUGGUGGAGACGGGAAUGAUUUUAGAGAGCGCGACUGGUCUGGACCGUCGGGUAGUGUUGACGCUCGGCUUCAGUAUUAGAGCUUUAAAUGGUCAGGCUGCUGUUGACCACCUGUGGCCGACUGUCGGUAGAGCCGAUAGCAACCAUAGAGAUUGUUGGCUGGCAUUCUAGCAAAGUAUUUUAUUCUUCAAACUUGGUCUCCUUUUUAUUACAUAUCCAGGCUGUUUUAAUCUUCUGGGUGUUAUACACACCUACAGUAAUUAUAUACACUAUUGCCAAAAGUAUGUGGACAUCUGACCGUGAGCUUGUUGGACGUCCCUCUACAAAACCACUGAUUUAAUAUGAAGUGUUCUGAACAAAAUGUAAAUUUUUGGCACUUAGCAGACGUUAAGGGUUAAGGGCCUUGAUCCAGCAACCUUCUGAUUACUAGUCCGGUACCUUUACCUCAAGGCUACAAUUCCACUAGAUUUUGGAGCUGUUGUGUACAAAUUUUGCUCAUUCAGUCAGGUCAGGCACUGAUGUAAACAAAGCAUGAUAACCUAGCUCAGAGUCAACAUUCCAAUUCAUCCCCAAAGUCUUCAGUAGAGUUGAGGUCAGGGCUCUGUGUGGAACUCCACAUCAAACGUCAGGAUCUUGCUUCUGCACAAUCAUGCUUGUAUAAUUUGAGCAGUGUGUAUAAGGGCAUUUCCUGCAAGGAGGAACAUCAUUAGAAAGAAGGUCAGGGCCGUGGCGGGUCCGGUUCAACCAGUAAACACUUGGAAAGGCACCAAUCGAUCACAGGGUCAGCGUAGUAAGCCACUACUACAUCACCGAGUGCCCCCAGUGUUCGAUGUGCCAUGCACAAUGUGAUGCCCUGAGACAAACAUACACACGUCCACAAGGGCGUGUAGAUGUGAUACGUUAUCAGCAUGGAGGAAAUCACAGAGCCAGAUCAGCUGUAGGUGAUUUACAUCCAGCAUGUUUUUAGAUUUAUGGCAAUUUUAUCCAAAAUGACUUACAAUUAUGACAGUACAAAUCAAGCAAUUGAGGGUUAAGGGCCUUGCUCAGGGGCCCAACAGUGGCAACCUGGUUACUAGUCCAGUAUGUUAAACAUCUGAGCUACCACACCAAGAUACACACCAACCGUCAGUCUUCAUCAGAACUACAUCUUACAUCUGAGCUGCAUUAAAUCUUGCCUGAACCAUGUGAUGUACAUCAGCGCUCCCCAACCUUUCUCGCACCACGGACCGGUUUCAUGUAAGAUAUAAUUUCACGGAUCUGCAGGGGCGGGGGGAUUUAAAAUAGAGUGACUUUGCUACUCACAAAUGACCUUUUUUGCUGCAACGAAACGCUGCUCCCACCUAGGGGUGAUUGGAGACGAUAACACCCGUAAAAAAGUAGUGUUUUCAUUGCUGAUGUAGCGAUCUCUAUUUAUUUAUUCUUUCUGUGCGGCCCAGUAAUAAAUAAAACAGUAAUAAAGGCCGCUCAGGUGGCGCAGCAGUAAAAAACACUCGCUGGAACCAGAGCUGGGAUCUCGAAUACAUCGUAUCGAAUCUCAGCUCUGCCUACCGACUAAGGCUUGGCGGCCACACGAUUGGCCUGUUGUUCAGACAUGGGCGGGACUAAGCCGGAUGGGGUCUCUCUCCCACGACUCUGCUGGCUGAUUGAUGGCGCCUGCACAGAGAUGAGAUAAGAGUGCACUCAGGGUGUGUCUCUCCAUACACAACGCUGAGCUGCACUGCACUCGUCAAAGUGCAGGUGAUAAGAUGCAUACGGCUGCUGCCCACGUGUCGGAGGGGGCGUGGGUUAGCUUCGUUCUCCUCGAUCAGAGCGAGGAUCGGACGCAUGACGCAAUCGGGCAAUUGGACGCACUAAAAAGGGAAAAAAGGGGAGAAAAUGCAUAAACAAAUAUAAUAAAAAUAAAUGACCCACAGACCGGUACCGGUCCACGGGCCGGUGGUUGGGGACCACUGAUGUACUCAAAUCCUUUUUGAAGAUGAGUAGACGUACUGCUGAACUGUUAAAGCAGCCUCACUACCUGCAGCCAGUCCAUGAUCGUCUUCAAUUCCUGUGGGUAGAAGUGUAGAACAUAUAGAAAAUAAAAGUACGAAAGAAGAAGAACAAAGUAUUAUUGUUUGGUGGGUGUUUGUCAGUAGUGCAGUGUAGAAUGUAAUCAAUCUAGUGAACUGUAUGUGUUUUAUAAAUAUACACUGGAACCAAUCAAAUAAAUCAUUUGUGUUUUUUUCACUA